AUGGCAAGAGAUCAGCUGAAGACGGGGAAGCCUCAGCUCAGACAGGGUCUGUACAAGAAACAUGUGCCACUGAGGGGCCAACAGGAGGAGGAAGAAUUGGACCCGACUGAAGUGAAACUACAGAUGGAAGGACCUAAGAUGUUCGCUCGCAGUAAGUCGCUGGACAGCGACGUUCAGCUAGACGCUCGUAAGCAGGCGUCGCUAAUGGAGAGCGAGGUCGGCAUCCUGCGAGAGAAGCUAGCUGACCUGGAGGCAACAAGCGAUCGGCUAGGCGACGACAAUCUACGGCUGCGGAUAGCCGCCGGCCGCAAGGUGCCCGUGAUACACACCGACGAUCAGGCGCUGGAAAACAUCGAGCUAAAGGGACCUAAGAUGUUCGCUCGCAGUAAGUCGCUGGACAGCGACGUUCAGCUAGACGCUCGUAAGCAGGCGUCGCUAAUGGAGAGCGAGGUCGGCAUCCUGCGACAGAAGCUAGCUGACCUGGAGGCAACAAGCGAUCGGCUAGGCGACGACAAUCUACGGCUGCGGAUAGCCGCCGGCCGCAAGGUGCCCGUGAUACACACCGACGAUCAGGCGCUGGAAAACAUCGAGCUAAAGGACAAGCUGCGAGAGAUGGAGAACAUGUGCGUCGAGAUGCAGGAGAGAUGCGUUGCCAUGGAGACGGAGCAGCAUCGCGGCGAGGAUGCGCGCGCGUCGCGGCGGAAGCUGGCAGAGCUGGAGGAGGAGAACGCGUCGCUGCGUGCGGCCAUCUCCAGGAGGCGCGGGAGUACAGGCAGCGUGCGGAGCGAGGAGCGGGAGGAGAGGCAGCAGCAGGAGGGCAUGCCGGAGACGAGGGAGGGGAUGCGGCGGCGAAUCACCGAGCAGGACGAGGAGAUCGACGACCUGCUGGUGAUCAUUAAGGGACGAGAGGGGACUAACGAGCAGCUGGAAGAGGAGGUACAGACAUACAAACAUGAGAUGCAGCGAGCGACGCUAGCAAACAAGGAGAAGCAGGACAAGCUAUUGAACGAGUUGAAGCAGGCGCUGGACAACAAUGCGGAGAUGGCGGUGCAGCUGCAGAUGAUGGUGCAGCGGACAGAGUAUGCGAAGAGCGAGAUGUCCAAGCUACGCGCGUCUGCAGAGCUCAGCGACGGAGGGAAGGAUGGAGGAGGUGAAGCCAUCAAAGACAAGUCUGUGCUCAACAAAUACGAGAUAAAGAGAGAUAGAUAG